AUGAACAGUAUCACCCAGCUGGAGAUCUAUGCCAAUGAGCUUGCUUGUGCAGCCCAGAGUAUUGUCACGUAUUGCCAGAAUGCAGACAUCGCGUCUUCCGGACCACAAUUGAGCAUCUCCGAAGACGCCCCGGAACAGUUUCACCAGGACCGGCGCAAAAUUUUAGCCAACGUGGCCAAGAUACAAGUGCUACUUGAAGAUUCAGAGGACUUUGUGCAGAAAAUGGCCAAGGAGAUCCAGAUGCUGGCCAGCGUCCAAUGGCUGAGCAGCCUCCAGGUUCUAAUUUGUCUGCCUCUCGGGGUCAACCUCGCCAUCAAGAAUCUAGCUCAAUUAGCUGGCGUCCAAGAGACAGCGCUCGCCCGUGUGGUGCGUAUGACAGCAUCGCGAGGUUUCCUGCAGGAGCCACAACCGGGACAAAUUAUGCAUACCCCCCUGUCGAGUCGGUUUGUCUCCCAUCGCCGGUUUAGGGAUGCUACUAUGUUCCUCGCCGAGUGCUGCACGCCUAGUGCCUUGCACAUGAAGCCCGCGGUACAGCACCCCACAACGGGGGACGUUCCAUUCGAGAGUGGAUACAGCCUGGCCUUUUCCACCUCUGUCCCUUUCAUCAAAGCCUGCAGCAUGGCCCCCAAGCUGCAACGUCAGUGGUCUGCCUUCCUACAGUACACGGGGCAUUUCGACAACCGAUUUACUGAGGUUCUGACUCGCCUGGACUGGGCCAAUUUAGGCGACUCCUGCAUCGUCGAGACCGGAGCCCAAUCCACUGAAACCGCCCGUGCCCUAUCAGAGCUAUACCCCGCCCUGCAGAUCCUAGUACAAACUGACGCAAGCAAUUCGGAGUUAGGCAGGCCCCUAGCGCCACAUGGGGAGAUAUCGUCAUUGGAAGCCUACAAUCCCCGAAUAAAUGUGCAGACACGAGCUCUUGGCACACCUCAAACAGUCGUUGACGCAGCAGCCUACAUCCUGCAUCUCCCUUUUUCCGCCUGUGUGUCUUCAAGGCCAAUCGUUCUGAUGGAUCUACAGGCUUACUGUGCCAUCCUCUCCACCAACCGCCGCGCCUUGCUGAUCGUCACGGCCCGCAUGCUGCCCCCACCGGGCACGGUGGAUCGGGAGAUCGAGACCCUGGCGCGCAUGCGCGAUCUGACCCUGUUUCAGUUGGGGGCCGACCGCGAUCCCGAAGUCGCCGAAGUAGUGGAUUUGGUGGGCUCGGUUGGUGAUUCCCAAGGCCGACUGGUGGUUGUGGAACAAUUGCAAGCACGCAAUCAUCUCACUGUGGCGCUUGCUAUAAAGUACCAGGGCUGGCUUGACCUAGAUGCAGCCCUGCUGGAGUCUGGCUUAUCGUAG